AUGAGAGUUACUACCACAACCUACAACCGUUUCGCUCUCACUCUAAUGGAAUUUCUUCAAAACGCAGCACCGCGCCUCUACCCCGUCGACAAGAGUCGAAUGGGUGUACAAUUCAAGCCAAUGUCCACAUCUACCCGCGAACCAAUCACAGCCGCCGAAAUCUUCGAGCACAUUCGCGACAUUCGAGAUCCGGAGCACCCCUACACUCUGGAGGCGCUUGGUGUGGUAAGGAGGGAGGAAAUAGCCGUGGAUGACGCCGCCUCCACUGUCAAUCUCCAGUUCACACCCACUAUUCCCCAUUGCAGCAUGGCUACCCUCAUUGGUCUCUCAAUCAAGGUCAAGUUGCUGCGGUCAUUGCCACGCCGCUUCAAGAUUCACGUGACGAUAGCGUCAGGUAUGCACGAAACCGAGGCGGACAUUAACAAACAACUAGCUGACAAGGAGCGUGUCGCCGCCGCCAUGGAGAAUCCCGCACUUGCUCAGGCUGUCAAUCAAUGCGACAGCACCUCUCCCUCUCCGGACCAGACGAACGCGCCUUGCAGGGCCGCCGGAGGCAAAUCGAACACUGCAAUGCCCUCACGUGCGUUACCACGCAAUCUUUAUCCAUGGAUCGAUCGGACGUCGGUCGGCGUAUCGUUGGCUCGAAGUCUGCAGCAUUGCGGUGACGUCCAGCAUGGCCAAAUACGAGAGGUGAUAUGCAUCCAUAUCGGACAGGCGGGAGUGCAGAUCGGUAAUGCCUGUUGGGAGCUCCUUGGACUGGAGCAUGGCAUUCGACCGGAUGGCUUCUACUACGAUGGUUACGAACCCAACGACAGCUCCUUCCUUACCUUUUACAAUGAUACCGCUCACGGCAAAUUUGUGCCCCGCGCCAUCUUCAUUGAUUUGGAACCUUCUGUGGUUGAUGAAAUUCGCUCGGGCUACUACCGUCAACUCUUCCAUUCAGACAGCUUGAUCUCAGGAAAGGAGGACGCAGCAAACAACUUUGCGCGGGGCUACUACACCGUCGGCGAGUUGAUGGUCAACAACGUGCUCAAUCAGAUCCGUAAGACUGCUGAUACCUGUCACAUGUUCCAGGGGUUCCUUGUCUUCCAUUCUCUCGGUGGUGGGUCGGGCUCUGGGUUCUGCUCCCUCCUUAUUCAACGCCUCUCAGAUGACUACCGUAAACGCGCUAAAAUUGAGCUGUGUGUUUACCCGGCUCCGCGUCUAGCCUCGGCCGUCGUGGAACCCUAUAAUACCGUACUUACUACCCACUCAUGCAUUGAACUCUCUGAGGUCUGCUUCCUCAUGGAUAAUGAGGCGGUGUGGGACAUCUGUCGUCGCAAUCUUGAUAUUCGCCGUCCAACUUUCACCAACAUCAAUCGUAUCCUAGCACAGAUUAUCUCCUCCCUCACCGCAGCGCUGAGAUUUGAAGGUCAGCUGAAUGGAGAUCUGACCGAGUUCCAAACCAAUUUGGUACCCUAUCCCCGAAUCCACUUUCCUCUCAUUACCUUUGCGCCGAUUGUGGCUGCAGAAAGAGCCUAUCACGAAACUAAUUCCAUUGAUCAAAUCACUAAGGCCUGUUUCGAGCCGGCAAAUUCCUUUGUCAAGAUAGAUCCGCGGAUGGGUAAGUAUAUGGCGGUGUGUCUGCUCUACCGGGGUGAUGUGGAUCCAGCCAGUGUGAAUUCGGCUACCUCAGGAAUUAAGUCGGCCAACUCCAUCCACUUUGUGGACUGGAGUCCAACCGGCUUCAAGGUGGACAUCAACAGUCAACCGACGGCUACUGUGCCGGGUGGGGACCUAGCACGAGUCAUGCGGACGUGUUGUAUGCUUGCCAACAGUACGGCCAUCGGUGAGGCAUUUAUUCGGAUUGACAGGAAGUUUGAUUUAAUGUUCAAAAAGCACGCUUUUGUCCACUGGUACGUGGGAGAGGGCAUGGAGGAGGAAAACUUUGUAACAGCGCGUCAGGAUUUGGCCGCGCUAGAGCAGGACUACGAGGAGGUGGGCUACGACACCAAGGAGGAGUAG